AUGGAUGGGAUGCUACUUAUUAAUAAGGUAUCCACAUUUUGUAUCAAGUAUAACAUUUUGUUACCUAAUUUUGAUGAGCCAUAUGUUAAUUCUGGAAGAUCAAGGCGUAAACCUACCGAUUAUACGGUCUUACAUCAUAAUCGUGUUGAAGUAUUUUGUAAGAUUAUUGAUUGGCAGCUUCAAGAACUCGAUGAUCGUUUCAAUGAGGUGACUACUGAUUUGCUUCAUGAAGUUACUUGUUUGAAUCCAGUUGACUCAUUUUCGAGUUUUAACAUUAGAAAAAUAAUGAGAAUGGCUAAGUUAUAUCCUGAUGACUUUGAUGAGUUUAGUAUGAAUGCUCUUGAGAAUCAACUUGCCACUUACAUUAUUGAUGUUCGUGAUAUGGAUGAAAGGUUCUCCAAUCUUAAUGGACUUUGUGAUCUGUCUAGAAAAUUAGUUGAGACAAAGAAGAACUUAAACUUUCCUCUUGUAUUCCGCUUAGUGAAAUUUACUUUGCUUUUACUAGUGGCCACUGCAUCCGUUGAAAGAGCUUUUUCGGCAAUGAAGUUUAUUAAAAAUGCCUUGGAGAAUCGGAUGAAUGAUGAGCUUUUGAGCGGUUGUCUAGUUCCUUAUGUAGAAAAAGAUGUAUUUAUUAAUAUUUCUAAUGAUACUAUUGUAAAAACAUUUCAAGAGAUGAAACCGCGUCGAGUACGGUUGUAA